AUGACGAACGCUCGUAUCAAUUGGAGCGAGCUGUUUCCAAGCCGGAAGAGUAUUUUCAUCUUUCUUACGUACAUGUCACUUUUCGUCAGUCAAGGUAUUCUGGUGACUGCUUCGCAACGUUCCGACAAUUCGUACAGCUACAACACCGUACUUGUGGUGCUGCUUACCGAAGCUUUGAAACUGGUGAUAUCGGCAGGAUUGUAUUGCAGAGAGAACAGCUUCCGUUCGCUUAUCUCACGCGUGAUUGAAGGAAGUAAUGUGCUGUUGCUAUAUUUCGUUCCGGCUUUUCUCUACUGCUUGUACAAUAAUCUAGCGUUUAUCAACCUCUCUACAUUUGACCCAACGACCUACUACCUUUUGUUACAAUUGCGCGUUGUUAUAACCGGAGUUUUAUUUCAGAUUAUAUUCAAAAAAUACCUUAGCCGUAAGCAAUGGUUUUCAUUGUUACUUCUCACCGUUGGAUGUAUGCUGAAACAGUGGAAUUUUUCCGUGUUUUCUACUGCAUCCCAAUCAGCAUUGCAAGACACCGUCGAUAGUAGCGAGAGGAGUGCACCAUCGGACUCUGUAGGUGCUUUGAAAGAAGGUGACACCGAUGGAACGUUCCGUGGUAAAAAUAUAACCGGUUUCGAUCUAAGCUACAGUGCGCUACUCAUAUUGGUGCAAACCGUCUGCUCUUGCCUCGCCGGUGUAUAUAACGAGUAUCUGCUAAAGAAGAAGGGUUCGGAUAUAAAUAUCUACGUGCAAAACGUUUUCAUGUACCUGGAUUCAAUCGUGUGCAAUAUGCUAAUUCUUCUGUUACAAGGCGAGUUGAUUGGUGCAUUCACGAGUGAAAAUUUGCGCGAAAUCGCACGCUUCGAAGUGUUGAUUAUUAUGGUAAAUAACGCGGCUAUCGGAAUCAUCACCAGUUUCUUUCUCAAGUACAUGAACUCGAUACUCAAAACGUUUGCAAGUGCACUCGAGCUGAUGUUCACAGCUAUUCUGUGCUACCUGCUGUUUGCCAUUCCCAUCUAUCUCAACACUAUGCUGGCGAUCUUUGUUGUGUCCUAUGCAAUAUAUCUAUACUCGCUAAAUCCAGUCGUGAAUCUGUCCAACACGCCAAAUGCGUCUAAGAGUACACUGAACAAAUCGAACCGAAGCAGUGAAGACCGUAAGCUACUGCUCCAAAGUAGCGGAGGAGCUCGAUCCCGAGCAAACGCUAGUGAUACGGAAAACGAAGAUGCGACACCGUUAGUGCAAGAGGUAUAAUGGCAUGAAUACCGAUGUGCGGUUGUUUCCUGUGUUGUACAGCUUUUUUUAUUACACAGCAACACCCAGCAAAGUGCAUACACACUAGAAAUGUAUGAUAACAAAAAGAACAAGCAUAAUCUA